AUUUCCCAUGGUGCACGGGGAUAAUGUUUCUGCGUCUUGGUGCUAAACGAUCGCAGCUUACUUUGCUACUUAUUGAGGGCCCUAAACCAUGUACAAAGAGUUGGCAGUGGCAUUGGGGCUCGGAACGUUGGUAGCCCUGGUAUUCCUGAAGAAAAGAAAGGGUGUCCUGAAAGCACAUGACGGGUGGUGGGGUGUGGGAGCUUGUCCCCAAGGACCCGAGGAUGAUAGUAUCCGCCCUUUCAAAGUUGAGACAACUUCAGAAGAGAUUGAGGAUCUACACCGCAGGCUAGAUCAGACCCGCUCCUUUCCUUCUCUUGAAGACAGUCAGUUUAACUAUGGCUUCAACUCCAAAUACCUUGAGAAGCUUGUGUCUUAUUGGAGGAAUGAUUUUAACUGGAGGAAACAAGUGGAUAAACUGAACAAAUACCCUCAUUUCAAAACCAAAAUCGAAGGUAUUGAUAUUCACUAUGUUCACGUGAAACCAAAGAGCCUGGCUGAGGGAACCCGUGCUGUGCCUCUGAUGAUGGUACAUGGAUGGCCAGGCUCCUUCUAUGAGUUUUAUGGUAUCAUCCCCCUGCUUAUGGAGCCAUCCAGUCCUGAUGACAUUACUUUCGAAAUAAUUUGUCCCUCAAUACCUGGUUAUGGUUUCUCAGAGGCCCCACAUAAAAAAGGUUUUGACGGUGUAUGUGCAGCACACAUAUUCAAUAAACUGAUGAAGAGGCUUGGUUUCAACCAGUACUAUGUCCAGGGAGGAGACUGGGGCUCGCUUAUUACCACUAAUAUGGCCCAGCUGGAGCCCAAUGCUGUGAAAGGCCUCCACAUUAACUUUGCUCCUCCAGGAAAAGCAGGCCUUCUCAUGAUGUUGUCUAUACUUUUUGGUCGCCGAUUUCCCAAACUCUUUGGCUUCACCGAGCAUGAUGUGAAACGCCUUUUCCCCACUAUGGAAAAGCUUGUAGUUGACGCAAUAAGGGAGACUGGAUACAUGCACAUACAGUCCACUAAACCUGACACUGCAGGCCGUGGAUUGAAUGACUCUCCCGUUGGUUUGGCUGCCUACAUUUUGGAGAAAUUUUCAACCUGGACUGAUCCUGAAUUCAAGAACCUUGAGGAUGGUGGACUGGAAAGGAAGUUUUCUCUUGAUGAUCUUCUGACGAAUGUGAUGAUCUACUGGACCUCUAGGUCCAUUAUAUCCUCCAUGCGUUUCUACAAGGAGAACUUCAGCAAAGGCCUGAAUCAGCCACAUGCAAAGCUUCCAGUUUAUGUUCCGUCAGGUGUGGCCUCUUUCCCCAAUGAGCUGAUGCACUCCCCUAAAUCGUGGGUGACACAGAAAUACCAUAAGCUCAAGACUUAUACUCCCAUGGCUCGCGGGGGACAUUUUGCUGCUAUGGAGGAGCCGCAGUUACUGGCAGAGGAUGUUCAGAGCUUUGUCAAGAUUGUGGAAAAGAGAAAGAAGAAAUAAAUAGUUAUCUGUCCUUUUUUUCAUAUUCAUGGGCUAAUGGAACUCACGGUUUAGAUGCAUAGAUAAAUGCAUCUAAACAGAGAUGACCAUGAAGUAAAAAACAACAAAUGUAUUACAUUCAUUUUUAGAUAAUAGCACUGUUUAAUCCUAGGAAUAUAUUAACACAAUUUUAUAUUUGUAGCAUGUGCCUUAGUUUUAUUGCAAUUUUAAAUGAUUAUAUAAUGACAGGAGCUUGCUUUAGACAUAUUUCACUGAUUAUGAUGAUUUAAUGCUAAUGUUAAACUGUAUGAAAUGAUAGUCAAUCCUUUAUGAAAGUGCAGUUAUUGAAUGAUAAUGAUGAUAUGUGGCAAUGACUCAAAUUACAAAAGACAGUCGGGAAGACAUUUUUAUUGUUAUCAAGACAAAUUUUAUUUCAUUUUCUCAUUACAAACAUUUAAUCAAGAGGAAAAUUGAGUGUUCGUGAUUUAAAGUAAUGCCCACUAGAGUGGCUAAGUAUAUCUGUUCCUCUAUUCUGCAUUAAUCUACAUAAAUAAAGGUAUCAUCGCUAUAGAUGCUCUGCUGGCCAAUGCAACUGCCUCUUUUUCACAUAAUGGAAAGUUCUUGGCAAGAACUUUCAUGACCAAUCAAAUAAAGAGACACUAAGUGAAGGCACGACCAAAGCAAUGAAGCUGGUCAGACUCCAUUGCUUAUGGUUUUCUGGAAUGCAUAUUUGGGAAAAUAAAAUAGGUAAACUUCUAUAAAAAAAUAAAUAUUCUCAUAAUAUUUAUAUAAACAAAUAUUAUGUAUCGAAAUAUUUAUUUUUGCACUUUUGAGAGUUGCGCUUAUAUAAAAUGAGUAUUUAAAAAUAUCAUAAAAAACAAUUCUCACAGUACAGUUCAGUGUUUUUUUUUUUUUUUCCCCACAUAGGCCCCCAAGGUUGAUUCUCUUAGGGUUACACAGUUUUAGAUUGUAGGACAGCAUAGUUUAUAAUAGGUCGAUCCCUGCCUGUGCCUUAACAAUUUGUCCUGUUGUAGGCAGUUUUAAAAUGUGCUUGUGAUUUAUUCCUCCUUUGAUUGCUCACAGGGGAAAUGCAUUCUGAAUUAAGACAUUCUU